CUUCGCUGACGGGCAGCGAGCAGCAGUCAGUUGUCUUCACUUGCGGGACGUUAGUGCGUCGUCAACUGUUUCGUGCGCGGUUGAAUUCUUCCGUAAAGGAAAGACGCCGACGCGGUUUACUGUUGCAAUGCGUCAGUGAAUUUGUAUGUGUUCUAAACAUCAUUGAUGGUUUGCGAUUGUGACGGAAGGUUUUAAUCGGCGACCAAAAAUUAACAACCUAACCUUAAAAUAGAAACAAAUUGUGAAUGUUUUAGUAAAUUAAACAGUGUUCUUCUGGAACAAGUAUGUGUUGUGUGGUUAACAUCGUGUAGCGAUGAGUACCGUGCAACUUACUGCUUUCUUGCUAGUAAUUUGGGCCUGUGUUUUUGUGGGUUCUAAAAUUAAAUAUAUUUAUUAUUCAUAAAUUUAAACUUUACACUGACUAUACAUUUUAUUAACUUAGGAAGUUCAGUUUUUAAAUUGUUAUCCAUCUUGAGGCUCUGAAGUAGAUUAUGCAGUACUACCUUGCAUUUUAAUAAUUCGUGUUUGUAGACUGUUUUAUGACAUCAAGAUUACUAUAAAAUAUUGAAAUCAGUUGGGUCCAUAACGCAGCAAUGGUCAUCCAGCUGUCAGCUAGGUGAAGGGAUGCGAGUUAUGCUUUCAGUAUCCUCCCAAAUUUAUUUAUACAGGGCAUUAUAAUAUACCAACUUCAUACUAUCCUCUUACAGAAUAAUAUGCUAAUUGCUUUGUAUGCUUGAUUCACUUAGCGUUGUUAAUUAUGUUUAAUCAUCAUUCAAAACUGUGUCAGUCAUUCAGAAAUACCUGUGCACUAUAUAGCGGUAAAUAUAUUCAUCCGCGUGGCUUCCAGUUCAGUGUGUGAAGUAACAAGACUUGAUAAUUAUUUGACUAGAACGCCGAGUUUCGUUUGCAUUCAUUACCAAGGACAUGUUUAUUGCUGUGAAGUGCAUUUCACUUAUAAAGGAUCCGUUGCGCAGAAGCAUCGUGCUAAUCUCAACAGAUUGCGUGUGUUACACCGAAGUUUAACGUUCGGUGGAGUAUGGUGAGCUCCGUGUGAAUUUGACAGGAAAUUUGUUGAACAGAUUUGAUUGAUCUGCCACUGAACUUGCGAACAAUUCAUUCACACAAAGAACUAUACUUUUUUUUUCCGCUGUGUAUAGGAUGUGACACUAAUCGAGAUUUUCGCCAAAAAUCAGUGGAAUUGUAACAUUUCUUUGAAACAUAUGGUGUAUAUGAAAGUGUAGUUUGAUUUUGUGUCCCUUUUCUUUUUAUUCUUUGAUCGUUGUUCCGCCGUCUGCUUUCAGUUAGACUAUUAUUAAUGGCGCGGUGUGUUUGUGGUUUUAUUUUAUGUGGUUUUUGCAGUUGAGUACGACAGUGUUACAUGUACAAUAUUCUAGUACGAUAUCACACAAACAUAGCUGUUGUCAUUACCUUCCGUCAACCAAACAUAUCAUUUCAUAACAUAAUGUGUUUUUAAUUUAAAUGCUUGUGUGAGGAAUGAAGCCGGACGAACACACCGCUUUUUAUUGCUUUCGAGGGCAGACACUUUUUUAAUAAUAUCGGGUGUUCCGUGAGAUAAUACGAAACAAGAUACUUGUAAGUAUUAAACCUGAGGAUAAAUUGAUUUUUGUGAGGUGUUAUGGCAACAAGAGAGGAUAUUUUGACGUUGGACAUGAACAAGUGUUUUGAGUAACAGCAGUUAGUUUAAGACUGGUGUGUAAAAAAUAAAGAAAUAUACAAGUGUUUGAGCAAGGAAAGACACGAGGACUUUAAGGACAAGAGAAACAGGCAUUUUGUGUUCGGUUGUCUAAGAGAUGUCAGAAAUAUGUUUACUUGAACGUGUAGACUUAAAAGUGAUCGUAACUAAGCAUCAGACAAAAGUAUUUUCCAACCUUGAAUAUGAGACAGGUUGAGAAUUCAUGAACGAACGUGCCACUUCCUUAACUCAUUUGUUAAAAGUUGUCAUUUGUCAUAAUAGCCUCUUUACAAGAGAGUUCCUUCUUAAAUUUUACUUACAGACUGCUAACCUGAAACACGUGCCAGUUGUGUGACCCCAUUUUCCGUGGUAUCAUGUGUUUGUAAGUUGGACUGCCCUGACCACAGUUUACCAGAAGAGCAGUACAGUUUUCAUAGAACGAACCCGUGAUUCCUCCACCAGAGAAAACAGUAUUGUGUUAACACGCCCAAUUUGAUGUUGAUAACGCUAUUCAGUGAUCCACUUCGACUGAACAUCAACAAUAAUUUCGCAAGGCACGCUAAAAUAUUCAUCAACAGAAUUUAACAGAACAAUGGCAAGUUCAGUUCUUAACAAGUCUUCAGCAGUAACAAUACUGACACUUGUGUUACUGGCAUUGAUAUGCCCGUCAGUUAAAGGUGCGUAUUUUUAUAACAGGAAUGCGAAUAGUAACACCAAUAAAUAUCCCCGCACUUCUGGAUACUAUUCAUCCGGCGCGUCAACACAGCACCAUACAUUGCACCAUAAACACCAUCAUGGAAGCAACAAUGGAAGACUUCACCAAGCUGCUGUUGGUAUCAUCAGUAGUGGAAGGCUUGUACCUUAUACUGCCAGUACAGUCACCACAACUACCAGCAGUAAAUUAUCACCACUAGAUCGUUUAAUUAAUAGACUUGAUUCGGAAGGAAGAAAAUCACCACAAAGUAAUCAUCAGAGUCACGUGACGCGAUUUGAUCAAGGAAAUGGCCGACAUGAAUCAUAUUUUGCAAGUUAUCCAAGACGCGAUCAUGUUUCGUCGUCGAUGUUAAGAUCUUCAGCUGAUCAGCGUUACGGCCAAGCGAGAAGUCGUAUAGAAGAUUCGUACGAAGAUGAUGAUGAUGAAGACGAUGACGACGAUGACGUUGAAGAUGAUGGAGACAGCAUUAGGGAUGAAGAGGAGGAAGAGGAAAAUGAAGACGAAGAAAUGUUGAACAGAGGUCGUCAUCCACAUCGGACCCAGAAAAGCGGUACUGCAGCAGAUAGAGAUAACGUAACGUGGUAUGAUGGUGCAGUGUCAGACUUUCCUGACCAUUCCCUUGCUGGAAACCCUGGAAGCAGUGGAAGUGCUCACGAUGGUGGAAGUGGCCCAAGAUGGGGCGGCUUCUCCUCCUAUAGCGAAUGGAAGUGGCACGUGUUGAACAAACCCAACAUGGACAUGCUGCGCAAUCAUAAGGGAACGUACAAGACCUCGUCUUCGGACACUGAUCUAGCGAAGGCAGUGCAACACGCUCUCACAGUAAGUAGGGAGGGGCAGUGUCGGGUGCCGAAGCCAAGACUGAUACAGGUGAAGGACGUGUACCCGCACCCCAGCAAGACAUACAUCCCGCACUGCACCAUUCUACACCUCUGUGGUGAUGAUACAGGGUGUUGCAAGUCGGACACGCUCACUUGCAUUGCCCGCAAGACGGAACAGGUGGACCUCUACUUCUAUACGACGACGUUGAGAACUUCCGCCGUCUCGCGGUCGAGGGGCGGUCCGACUGUGGAGAAGCUGUCGUUCCACAACCACACGGAGUGCGCCUGCGUGGAUCGACUUGAGGAGUUCAUGCCCAGAGACAGGCCGAGCUCCGGCAACGACAAGGAUAAUGUGGGAGUGCACGGGUUUCGAGGCUAUUAUCGCCCCGACGCCGACAGUAGCAACAGAGAGAGCAAGUCUUGUCGAUGCCCUAGUCAGUUUUCUGCGCGACAUGUAGAUGGCUCUUGCGUCUGCGAAUGUUUCGACAAGCAACGAGACUGCAUCCGGUCGAAGCGCGGCAAAGAGUAUCUUCCGCACGAUGAUCGCAUAUGUAUCAUGCGAGGGGAGUGUGUAGCUCCUACCUGUGAGUUCGGGACCUAUCUGAGGAGGGCAGGCCGCUGCCCGAGGAAACGGGAGAAGUUCGAGGCCUGGCAGCAGUAUCCGUUACACGACGAGGAAUACAAAUAGACAUCAGAAGUGUGCUUCAAGUCAUAAACAGGCGUCUGUUAGGAGAGAUUGUAGGAGAAUCAUCACAGAGUGUCCUGGCAGUGGAUUUGACAUGCUUGGUGCUUGAAUCACACUGUCGUUAUUGGUGAUUUUAUUAGCGAACAUGUGCACCUGAAGUGUGUCAUGAUUCAGUACAUAGUGUGACAUGUCAACCCGUUGUUGGGCGACGGGAUGUGGAACGAGGUUAUGCAACCUGCUUCUAAGUGUCAGCCUGCCCGGGAGUCUUGGUUUACUGGCUGACACUUAGAAGAGGGUUGCAUAACCUCGUUCCACAUCCCGUCGCCCAACAACGGGUUGACAUGUCACAGUAUUAAUCGAAUUCAUGUUAAACUUUGUUGAAAGUGAAGAGUUGUUAUGCCAUAAAAUCAAGUAUAACUUCAAAAUGUAGCCAGUGAGACAUUCUCGAAAUGCGCUACAAGCUGUGAGUUUUGACGCAGCUAACGAUGCUGAGCUGUAAUAACGUAAAAUUACGUAAAGAAUGUGUUCACAAAGUGCCAUGUAACAUUUUUCGUUAUUGAAGACUUAUAUUCUCCCUAGUUCUAACAAUGCAAAUCAUGAUGUGUCUGUGAAUUUUCCAGUUAAAUUAAAUUUAACUGUUUUUAAUGUAGUUGUAACGGUUACAAUUUUGUUUGCACUGAACAGAAAAUGUAUAGUCAUUUUGUAAACUAUUACUGCAUAACAAAUUUUAAUGUGGAAUUACGAAGUAGGUCUGAAUGGGAGAAAUGUCAAAUUAUGUAGAAAUUUGUAGUAAUAACUAAGAAUUGAAACCCACAGAUUUCAAGCUUAGAGAGACGUUUCAUAAAUGUAAACUUUAUAGAAAUAUUUAAAAUCAGAAUAAUACUUGUGACUUUUAUUUUCAAAAUAAGACUUUUGACAUGCAAAAUAGAAUUCAAAUUUUAUAAGGCAUGUUUGUGGAAUUGUUUAGUUUACAUUUUUAAUCUAGUUCAGAUGGUGGAAUUUUCAUGUUUUGUCACCUACAAAACUUUAUAUAAUUACGGUGAUAAGUUCAUAGAACCAAGCUGUGAGAAUUUUGAUACAAUUUAUACGUUUUAAAAUCCUGUAUAUGAAUAUAUUUUAAGGAAUAUUUACUGUGGAAAGAUAAUACAUUGCGGUAUAUAGAUACUUAAGCACAGGCUU